AUGACAAACUACAAGAAGGAAGCUUGUGAUUUUUUCGAUACGUCCAACAAACAGAUCAAAGCCUUUGAUAUCACAGAUCCACUGAAUCCGAAACAACAAAUUUCUGGAUUUAUUUGUAAGAAGGAUGGUCCAUUCGGAGGAUCUCUUGUGAUCACUCAUGUAAAUAAUCAAAAAUUGGAUAAAUUACAAAAGAUUUAUGGUGUUCCCAAGUUGUUGUACCCAUAUUCCGAUAAGAAGAAGAAGAAGAGAGAUGAUGAUGAGGAUGUUCAUGAUGGAGAGAAGGAAGAAAAUAGUGCUGAUAAUGAAGGAGGAGAAGAAUUGCAAUUGUCUGGAUUAAAGUACAAGGAGAGUUUUAAAACUGAUGAUAAAGUGACAAAUUUCGUACUUUCGAACAAGUGGAAUGGAACAAAUGUAUUAUUCUUUAAAUAUUAUGAUAAGAAUGGAAAUUUAUUUGUCUCUGCCAAAACAAAGGGAAGUCCUACUUUAACUGAUACUCAAUAUGGUGAUUUUUAUGCAUUGACCUUAGAGGCAUUGUAUGGAUCGAGUAGUGACAGAAAGUCAAUUGAUGUAAAGAAUCCACCUGCCAUUUUGAAAGAAUUUAUUACUAGACCUGAAAUUCAAUCUCUAUCGUGUGAAUUGUGCGGAAAGAAAGAACCUCAUCUGGUCCUGUAUGAUUUUGAUAUUGAUCUCAAACCACUAUUCAUGCAACAUUUAAAUGGAGGAUUUAUUGAACCAGUCAUGAAUACUGAAUCCAAUCAACAAUAUGAAUUCAAUGGAUUUGAAAAGAUGACAGAAAUUUGUAAAUCAAGACAAGUAGCCGACUUUAUUAAGAAUGAGGAAUAUAGAAAGAUGAACAAUCUGGAAGUAAGAUAUGAGUAUAAUCACUUUAUCACUGAAGGAGCUGUUUUAUACAUUUGUUGCAAACCGUCUUCAAUUCAUCCUUCUAUUGAAAGUAAGGAAAAUUGGCCAGGUGUCACCAAUAGAAGAUUGUACAAAAUCAAACCAAAAGAUAUUGAAGAGGUUCACUGGUCUGUAUUUGGAGACAAACAAAAAGAAUUGGUCAAUAUUGCAAUCAAGAAACUUCUUCAAAGAGAAAAGGACUUUUCCAAAGAAUCUCUGAUUGAAGAAUUAGAUAUUGGACCAAAGGAAUUCUCACGAUUCCAACACGAUCUAAUGCAAUAUGCAAGAGUUCAAUAUAAUGCAAUGGCAAAGACCACCUCCUCAUCUUCUUCCAAAUCAACCAAAAAGAAGAAGAAAAAGUAA